AUGGAAGUAGGGGAUGAUGACUACGAAGCCUAUGAACCACCUCCUGGACCUUCGGGACCUGUGGAUCUUGAAGCAGAGCUUUUCGCUUUCAAAACGUUUCCACAACUCCAGCUUAUUCAAGAGGAACCUUCCAAUGACCUAGCAUAGUUAGAAGACAGGAGAUUAGUGGAAUAUGUCUUACUGGGUACAGUACAGAAAGCCGCUCUGCGUUUUUGGGGAUCUCUAUACUACUGGUAUGGUGGAGCAUUAUUCAUCGAUCCAAAUCGUGUCAUUUACGCUUCACACACUUACGCCUAUCGUCUUCUUUUUACCUUGGUUUCAGUUCGAAGAUUAUCUCCGGAACCCUCAGGUGAAGGAAAGGGUAUUCGACGACGGGUUCUCGCCACCACUUCUCAACGCAUUCGUCACUGGCAUCCAGAUAUUUACGAAGAUAUUGGCAAUGCCGGUAGUGGUGUGGUCAUUGGUCGGUCCAAAUCAUCCCCAAACCAUGUCUUUCAUCGAGCUUCCGUUGCUAAGAAAGAACCGACUUCCCCUCAGUUCGCUUUGCCUUUGGUCGCUUCUGCGCGCUCUUCGUUGAAUACCUCCACAAUAACUACGACUACAAACAACAAUUCCCGCCUCCCUAUGUCGGUUUCUCCUAAAAAGGAAGCUAUAGAAGGUGUAGAAGAUGAGCAGAGUGGUAUUCUUAUUAACUUUCCACCUUCAGCAUCUCCGACCACACACUCUGAAGAAGAUUCUUCCUCUAUCAGUGAACAUGACGUUUUAUUGGUGCCUACUAUUCUCCGAUCACAAAAUUGUAAGUCACCUUCCUUGUCAAUUACUAUUGCAUAGAACUUGCGACCCUCCAAGUUCUAUGUUCUCCACCGCAACCGGAGUGCUAAGAAAACCACACCUUCAAAAGGUCACCCAAAAACACGACCGGUGUUAAUAAAUCUACUCCCUUCAAUAAGUGGUAAUCACACCCUCAAUUCGUCAUCAGUUAACCUUCAAGCCUCCUCAGCAGAAUGCGUUCGACCUUCAGCGGGUCGAUUGACCCUCUCCUUGGGUGUCAUGGCAUCAGAUGAAGGUCGUGCCCAGCGACCUGUUCGAAGCCUCUCCUUGCGUCUUCGACCUGACGAUAGUUGGAUUAUGAAACGUCAGGCUAGUGAAGAGGGAGAUGAUGCACCUAGAAGACCCCUUGAUUCGUUACAAAACCGACGUCCUAUCUCGGAGACAGCACCCACCACGACUUCUUUGACUUCUCCUGAAGAGGUGAAGGAGAGUCACCGACGGAUAAGCGCUGUCCGACCUCUUACUCAGUUUCAAAAUUCUCUCCCAACAGUCAUUGCCGCUUCUCAACAGUAA